AGAAGAAAUCUACCCUGUCAUGUGCUUUUGUAAGAAACUGCAGACUAUGACAUAUGAAGUUGUGAAGGGAAGCUAUGUACCCACUGAUGGAACUAAACAACAGAAGAAAGAGAAGGUUGUUUGGUGUUUUUGGGGAGCAGUGAGUUUGCCCCCCUUCUUUGCAGGAAUUGUGUGCUAUUUCUUUUAGUUGUUUUGGUAAAGGGAUGGAGAGGAAGGAACCGUGGAAAGCUCUAUGCUUGCAGCAAUUUGGUGCCUUUAAUUGGAGCUCAAUGCUAGAAUGUUCAAGGAUUCUGCUCUUUCUGGUGAUUCCUUAUGGGAUAGGGUAGUGUCCCUGGUGUCACUUUGGUUUCCAAUGAUGGUUGUUUUAGAGGAAUUUGUUCAACUGAUUUGCAGAGGGACGAGAUAGUAAUACUUCAGUAGCUAUCCAAAGUAAAUGGCUGGGAGAAAGUGUAUAUUUUAGAUGAAAAAGAACAAGUGUGGAAUUGUUAGGGCUUCUUGCCAUAAGGAUAGAGAAUCAGUUGAACUUGAAACUGUUGGUGCUUUUCAAAAACUUCCCAUGGUGAUGCCAUCUGUUGAUAUUCUUUAUUCAGCACUGAGGAAGGCUAAGAGGGUCUCACCUACAAAGGGAAUUGCCAAUGUUGCAAAGAGGGUGAAAAAUAAAGCUGCAAAGCAACUUGAUGCGCUGAUGAAAGAACUAGCUGUUCCCUUAAGAACUUACAACGAGAACUUCCCAAAAAAGAAAUAUUUGCACCCUUAUGAGCGAUCACUUAUUGAGUUGACUCUUGGGGAUGGAAAUUAUGAAGAGGUCUUGGGGAAGGUAGAUACUCUAAGGAAGAAGGUGGUAUCUGUUGGAAAGGAACAUGCCUCUCUGUGUGCAAAGUCUUUAACUAAAAGAGAAGCAGAAGAACGACUGAGUGAGGGAAUGCAAACAGUUGAAGAGGUUUUUAAUGAGAAAAGAAAAGCUAUUGAUGAUUUAUUAAACAUUGCUAAGACUUUGCGGGCAAUGCCAGUAGUUGAUUUGGAAUCGCCUACACUUUGUCUUGUUGGAGCUCCUAAUGUUGGGAAGUCAUCUUUGGUUCGUAUACUUUCAACAGGAAAACCUGAGAUAUGCAACUACCCUUUCACAACUAGAGGAAUACUUAUGGGUCAUAUUUCUUUUAACUAUCAGCAUUUUCAGGUGACAGACACUCCUGGCCUACUAAAGAGAUGUGAUGCGGACAGGAACAAUUUGGAAAAGUUGACGCUUGCAGUCCUCUCACAUUUGCCAACUGCAGUUCUGUACGUUCACGAUCUGUCUGGAGAAUGUGGGAUGUCACCUUCUGAUCAGUACAUCAUAUACAAAGAAAUAAGAGAAAGGUUCAGCAAUCAUCUUUGGCUUGAUGUUGUCUCCAAGUGUGAUCUGCUGCAAAAUUCUCCUGUUGUCUUCGUCACAGAGGAUGGGGAUUCUGAUCAUCUUGAGUUGGCAAGGUACCGGAAAAUGGGACCAAAUGGAGCCAUCCAUGUAUCAGUAAAGGAUGAAGCAGGACUCAGUGAGGUGAUUUCUUCUUUUAUUUUUUCUUUAAAAAAAAUUCCCUACUUGGUCAAAUUCUGGUCUUUAUAGCCUGCAGGGAAGACCAGUUGAAAUGGGAUUCUCUUCCUUUUGCCUCUGUGCCAUCUCCAUUGCAUGUGGUGCAACUUGGGAGAUUUAUUGGCUUUUAUAUAUGUUUCUCCAUUCAUGGAUACUGAAGUUGAAAUUAGAGAAUUAUGACAGAAUGGCGUGCUUUAAUAUUUACAUUUAAUUUUUCAAUAUGUGAACUGUUGAUGUCGCUGAAUUUCAUCUUUGGAUUGGUCGUCUAUGUACUACUGUUGAGAAAUUUCAAAAUCUUUUGUUGAAAUUAUUACAAAAGAUAAUAAUAUUUCUUAUAUAUCCCUUGUUAUUUAAGAGCUGUUAUGAUUCAUGUUUUUACUAGCAUUUGCUGCUUUUCUGCUCAAUGAAAUCCAUUAUUGGAUUCUCCCCCCUGUUUUUGUAAUUCUUGUUGAAAUUUCUUGCCACUUUGGUUUCCUAACUUGUUCCCCGAUGUCAAUUCAGAAGUAAUGUUUGUCCCUUGCAGCUGAAGGGUAGAGUGCAUGAGCUUCUGAUUUCUCAGAAGGCCAGGAUUCAAGCUCCAUAGAGCAACCUAAAAAAUCAAGUUCUUACUUGAGGGAUUCCUUGAUUCCUGAGAGAACAAGCUGUUGUGAAUAUUUAUAGUCAAAGAAUUGAUGGCUCACAUCAUUUUGACAAUACCCAAGGAUAUUGAGCUGACUUGAGUCCCAUAAGCUGGCCGAAAACUGCCCGAGGCCAUCACCAUUUGGAUGCCUGCCAAAUACUUCACACUUCCUUUUGGGCUCAUAUACAGUGGCAUUGAUGCAAUGCACACAGCUCAGUUGAUGACAGGAUGGAGUCAAAUUUACCGAUCUUCAGAUGUUGUGGCGCCAAUACUGUACUUUCAUUAGCUAACCAUCUUUGAGUUUAUGGCAUAGUUUUUGUAUUUCCAUCUCUUCGGCUGUUGUUAUUGGGCUCAGCUUGUGAAUGAGCUGGAAAUCUGGGACGGUACACUUUGCAAGUGAUGUGUGGAGACCAGCUGGAGUCUAUUGACCGGCUACCAUUUGCUCAUUUCAUGGUUAUAAUUGAUCAAUUUCGGUAUUGCCUUGCUCAUCUGAGGGUUAUUUAUCAAACUACCGUGGGUGCUAUGCAAAUUAACAGUUGUUCCCCCUGGACUUGUUGCUGCAUUAUUUGACUUUGCUUAGGGACUUGUUAUCUUUUGGUUCCAAAUUCUGUCAAUCUUUAUGAUGCUGUUUAACCAUGUUUUUUCUUUUUCAUUAAACUAAAAGGAUCUGUAUACAUAUAUUAUGUAAAAUUUUGGGUAGAUGAUUGUGCUAUGUUUGCAUCAAUGGAAUAUGUUUAAGAUGUGAAAUCUAUUCAA